AUGGGUCGAAUUUUAUCCGCUGUUUUACUUCUUCUCGAUGAACUUGAUGGAGAAAAUUUACUGACAGUUAUUGAAGAGGCACAAUUUCGUGUUGCGGAAUUACCUAGAAGGUCAUUGUUAAGGUGA